AUGAAAAGUUUAACGCGGAUCUGCUACCAGAGAGAGGUGCGGGAUUUGGUUUUGAACCUACCCUUGACGGAGGAAGAAUGGACCCCAUGCAUCCACAAUCUCGAAGGGCACAAAUCAUAUUUUGCCUCAGUUGCCUGGCCACAGGAUGACAGCGGGCGACUCGCAUCCUGGUCCUGGUCCUGGGAUGAUGCUUUGAUUAAAAUCUGGGAUUCGGAUACGGGCCAAUGUCUUCAUACCUUGACGGGGCAUACCAAGACUGUUUGCGGAGUCGCUUGGUCGCCAGAUCAGAGCGUUCAACUCGCAUCAUGGUCCGAUGAUUAUACGAUCAAGAUCUGGAAUUCGAAUACUGGUCAAUGUCUUUAUACUUUGAGUGGGCAUACCGAAUCUGUCAUGGAGGUAGUUUGGUCACCAGAUCAGAGCGGGCGACUCGCCUCAUUAUCCAGCGAUAAGACAGCCAAGAUUUGGGAUUCGGCUCGAGGCAAGUGCUUCUUCACUCUCGAAGGACUCAGUGGUUCUCUUCGCUCAACUAGCUGGUCAAAAAAUGGUGAAAGGAUUGCGUUAGCAUCCGCAGAUAUGUCGAUAAAGGUUUGGGAUAUGGUUUCAUGUCAAUGCGUUUCUACUCUGAAAGGACACAAUGAGGAUGAAGAGAUUCUCUGGAUUUCCUGGUCCCCGACAGAAAGCGAACGACUAGCAUCAGCAUCGUACUCUGGGAGUAUCAAGGUCUGGGACUCAGCAACCAGGCAAUGUAUUUUCAGUCUUGGGGAUUUUAAUACGGCAGUAACUUCGAUUUUUUGGUUACCAGAGGGGAGCACGCUUGGAAUAACACUUAGAUAUGGCACCUUUGAAGCUUGGGACUUGGCUGCGAAUCAACUCAAAUUAUUAUUCCGAGUCAAUGGGCCCAAGAAGGACUAUCCGUUUUCAGUUCACUGGUCCAAAGCUGGAAGAAGACUCGUAUUAGCUUCUUUCGAGGAGAUCAUUGUGUGGGAUAUGGCCAAAGGUAACACUGUUUCCAAAAUAAAGGGGCUUUGCGAGGAUAUUUGUUCAAUCGCCUUGUCUGCAGAUGGAGCACGACUUGCAUCAGCGUCCAGUGAUGGUACGGUCAAAAUCUGGGAUCCGGCAACUAGCCACGACUAUUCAAUUAUUGACGGACAUACUCAACCGCCUGAUUAUAUGAAUUGGUCACCAGACGGAAGGAAACUCGCAUCAACAUCCAGUGAUAUGAAAAUCAAGAUUUGGGAUGCGACUGACGGCAAAUGCAUUCUCACGCUCGAAAGACAUGGAGACAUCUCACUACCAGAUAGUAACUGUUAUGAUAAGAACCCGGUCAAAUGGUCACCAGAUGGUAACCAACUCUCAUCAAUAUCAGUUGACAAGGUUCUUAGAAUCUGGGAUCCCGCCACUGGCCGGUGCCAGUUGGUCCUGGGGGGAGAGAUGCGCAAAAUUGAGUCACAUACCUGGUCCCCAGACGGAAAGAAGAUUGCAACUGGGUCACAGAACAACACAGCCCAUAUCUGGGAUUCAAGCACAGGAAAACUUCUUUUCACACUCAACGAAGAUAGCCCCACCCACAGGGAUCGUCAAAGUCCCGUUCUUGUUGUCUGGUCGCCAGAUGGAACUCAGGUCGCAUCCAAAUCACACGACACAGCGAUCAGGAUUUGGGAUCCAAUGACUGCACAGUGCAAACUCACUCUCACGCGGGACGACAUUAUGAGCGAGAAUGAUGAUUAUUGGGAAAAUAUAAGUCUAGACAGCUGGGGCAACGAAUACAACCCAGACUAUAUGGGGAGUACAAUCGACUGGUCGCCAGACGGAAUCCAAAUUGUGUGUUGUGGCUUCGAUGACGAUUAUUGGGGAAACAUGAUCAGAGUUUGGAAUUUGCAUACAGGAACGUGCCUCUUUAGCUGUCAAGUCGAUCCAAAACCUCUUUUCCUCCGGUUCGAUGAAACACCCAAUCAUAUAAACACUUCAUGGGGUGUAUUGGAUUUUGGUUGUCCUGUAUUGGAUCCAACGAUUGAGCCUUUCACAGUCCACUGUUCCGAGUCUGGACCGAGCGGAUAUAGUUUCUCCAAGGAUUAUCUUUGGAUCACAUACAACGGAACCAAGAUACUUUGGCUACCCCCAGAGUACCGACCAGAACUGUCAUCCGUCGCUGGAACAAGUAUAGCAAUAAAUUGUUCAAUGUAUCGCAUCUUGAUUAUCCAACUUACAGACCAGAAUCCAAUUUCUCUACCUUGA